AUGGAUAAUGAUCCAAUAAAUUUGACAAUAACGAGUGCCCCGACAUCUCUGUGUUUCGACAAAAACGCAUUUAUGCAGGUUGAUUUCGACGUUGACCAGUUUGUUGCAGAAUGCCGUCGACAUGUACCGCUUGAAACCCUACGGGAUGAUCUAGAUACCUACUUCAAGUCUUUGAAAAGUGCAAUGGUGGAAUUGAUUAAUAAGGACUAUGCUGACUUUGUGAAUCUCUCCUCAAAUCUGGUUGGUAUGGAUAAAGCUAUAAAUAAUCUUUCUGUUCCCCUGGGGCAACUUAGAGAAGAAGUCUUGGCUGUACGGAAUUCAAUGACAGAUGCUAUGCAGGUUGUGGAAAAAAAGCUAAUUGCUAGAACAGAGAUAAGAAAAAAGAAGGCCACUUUGCAAAGAUUGCAAAAUAUUAUCCAGAGUGUGGAUAAAAUGGAAAAAAUCCUGCAGAUCCAGAAACCCGGUGAAGGAAUGGAACAUGUGUCUCAUAGUGAGUUGACUGGUCAACUGAUUGAACGAGUGGCGUCUGAAUUCAAUCAAUUACAGUUUUAUGUAACACAGAGUAAAGGCUUACCUUUGGUGGAAAAUAUAAGACCUAGGAUUGCGGUCAUAACAACUACAUUGCAGAUGAGCUUGGAGAAUUCGUUUGAAGAUAGUUUGGAGACUGGUAAUCUUCCUGUAUUGAGGCAAUGCUUACGUACAUAUGCUAUCAUUGAUAAAACUAAAGAUGCAGAAAUGCUGUUUCGAACUUUGGUUGUUCGGCCAUUUAUGGAGGAGGUGAUAUCAGAGCAGUACAUCCUAAAUAAUCCACAGGGUCUACAAGGCAUGUACAAUAAAAUAGUAGAAUUUAUACCCAAACACUGUCAGCAUAUCAGAGCUGUUACUUCACCAAUCCAUAGCGGUGGAAGCCAGGAUGUUGUGAGAGGAUAUGACUUUCUUGUUAAUGCGGUCUGGCCUGAAAUAGUGAGCUGCAUUGAAGCAAGGACGCCCUCUAUCUUUGCACCAGGAAACCCUGAUGUUUUUCACCAGAAAUACAUGUUGAGUAUGGAUUUUCUCUGUGCAUUUGAAAGACACUGUGGAUCUCAGGCCAGUGUGAAAAGACUUAGAGCCCAUUCUAGCUACAACACCUAUAUGAGUAAAUGGAGUCUUCCAGUUUAUUUCCAAAUAAGGUUUCAGGAAAUUGCUGGUGCAUUUGAGUCUUCUUUGAUGACCCCAUUCAAUGUUGUGCAAGAGGACUGUGAGUUCAAUUUAGCAGUAUGUUCUACACUAUGGCAAUCUCUGAAAAGCUGCUGGUCAGAUCAAGUCUACAUCUCAGCACUAUGUCAUCGAUUCUGGAAAUUAACAUUACAGUUACUCUCAAGAUGUUCAAUAUGGCUGCAGGAAAUAUGUGAAAAAGAGUUGCCUGAACUCUUAUCCAAUGAGAUUCAGCCUAAACUGGCGGCAUUGAAUUUUAAAAAUAUUGCUGUUAUUGAAGAAGCCUUGAAUGAAGGUAGAGAAGCAUUGAUCGUGCCCAUUCCAGCAAUCAUUAAUUAUGUUAUUAAAGAAAUCCAUUCACAAUGUGUUGUACAUUUCAAGGCUGUUAAUGAUAUACCAAGACUGUAUAGAAGAACAAAUAGAGAGAUUCCAAGUAAAGCAUCAGUCUAUGUUGACAACAUAAUCAAACCAUUGCAGUUAUUUUUAGAAGAAAAUGGGGAAAAGAUAAAAACAGACAGACGAGGAGAGUUGUUGUCGGGUAUAUUAACACUUUUAACUCAAGAAUAUUUUGGAGUCACGUCUGAUGUACUGGAUUCUGUGCGCAAAAUGGAGGAAAGCUUGAAAAAAUUGAAGAUGCGUAAAGUGACAUCAGUCAGCAAUUUCAGUGCCAAUGGGAUGAGUGAUGAUGAUAAAAUAAGGCUACAAUUGGCUCUCGAUGUCAGACAGUUUGCAGAAGAGAUGGAUAAUCUUGGUAUAAAAAGUUCAGAUAUUCCCAAAUAUGAUUCGUUAUCAGAGUUGGUAAAAAACGCUGCUACACAUUCAUAGCACAUGAGUUGAUGGUUUCCCAGCAUGCAACACAGAUGUUGGUUUCCCAGCAUGCAACAUAGAUGUUGAUGGUUUCCCAGCAUGCAACACAGAUGUUGAUGGUUUCCCAGCAUGCAACACAGAUGUUGAUGGUUUCCUAGCAUGCAACACGGAUGUUGAUGGUUUCCCAGCAUGCAACAUAGAUGUUAAUGGUUCCCAGCAUGCAACACAGAUGUCAAUGGUUUCCCAGCAUGCAACACAUGAGUAGAUGGAUUCCUAGCAUGCAGUACAGAUGUUGGUUUCCCAGCAUGCAGUAGAUGUUGGUGGUUUCCCAGGAUGCAGCACAUAUGUUGAUGGAUUCUCAGCAUGCAAUAAAUAUGUCGAUGGUUUCCCAGUAUUCACCACAUACGUUGAUGGAUUCCCAGCAUGCAGCAGAUAUGUUGCUGGUUUAAUUUCCCAGAAUGCAUCACAUAAUGUGAUAGUAUCCCAACAUGCUCCACAUAAAAUGCUACACAAAUGCAUGGGAAAGGGAAUUUACAUGUUCAAUGACUGGUUCCUGCAAGUAAUCAUAGUUGGAUCAUUGCUAACAUUGAACACCGAGAUGCAAUGUUAAAUGAAAUAAGACAAUAGAUGCCCUGUAUUCUAUAGAGGGAGGUAAUUUGUGAACAUAUGAAGUAUGGGUAUUAUUUGAAAAUUACUUUUUUUCCUGUUAAUUUUAUUACUGGAGUGCAAUACUUGAUGUUUCAUAGCAGGUGUCAUCAUAUCAUAUUUGUCAAAUAAUAAUAAUAUAUGAUUCAAUAUGUAGUUUUAGAUGAAUUAAUCUGCUUAAUACAGGAACCUUGUUUUGAAGUAACAGCUGCAAACAUACAUUGUAUGUUUAAUAGACUCUAAUCUUGUUUUUUGUUGGGGGCGGGGGUUGUACUGAUGCAGAGAAUGAAUUGAAUAAUUACGCUGAUCUCUGUAAACAAUUACAGCAUGUGUAGUUAAAUAAUGUACUUCAUCCAGAUUGUUUUCUUCAUAUGUGGUGAUUGGUAUUUUGUGGAACGAAGUCUUGAAUAUUCAUUUUCGAUUUAACUUAUCAGUGGAAUAUUGUAAUUUGUAUGGUUUUAUUGAACAUUAAAAUGAAAUGUUGGUG